GCUGAAAAUGACAAAACUCAAGUUCUUUCAAUACCUAUUGGCUUUAGUUGUAUGUGCUUUUAUCUUAUGUCUACAAGCUUCUGCAGAACAGCAAAAUGAACUUCGACUGAACAAUCUGCGUCGUCAGCCUGGAGGUCCUGAUAUAUUUGGGUUUGGUCCAGGUUUAACGGGUGGUCCUGCCAAUACUCCUGAAGCUCCUUCUCCUCCACCAGUUCCUUCUCCUCCUGAAGCUCCUUCUCCUCCAAUUCCAUUAGGAAUGCCGAAUCCUCACCACGCACACGGCAAAGAUAAAGGAAUGGAUAAAAAGGACAAGCAAGACAAAGUGCAACCCCCUUUUGCAGGAUUUCCAACUUUUCCAGCAGUUCCCAGCCAGCUUGGACCUUCAAACCUUCCCCUUCCUCCUGAUUUUCCUGGAUUUCCAACCUUCCCUGGUUUUCCAAGCUUUCCUCCAGUUCCAUCUCCUCGGGAGAAACCGACUUGCAUUCCGAUUCCUGAGCUGCCGUUCCCUUUUCCUAGUCAAAUGUUUCCUUUGCCUUCUGAAUUUUGCUUCCCGGUUCCGCAAGGUUGUUCACAGGCCACACCUACUCCAACACCUACUCCAACACCAACACCUGCUCCAACUAAGCCAUAUACUUGGGGCCUUCGAACUGAAACCAAGUCGAUAUCUUAUGGCAGUGUAGCCGAUGACUUUAGUAUAAUGUAUGGUGAAGACUUUUACCAUUCCUUGUACGUUGCCUUUCUUGGAAAAUCGUAUGUUACGACAGUGGACGUUUGUGGUGUCGACGUGAGUUCUGCAGUUGUUGAUCCUCCGAAUGGAAACGAGACUCGAAUGAUAUUCCGUCUCUUCGCACAAUUUCCUAAUGAAACUGGAUUCUACCAGAAAAUUACGCUUUGUCCCAAUUCUUCCUGUGGCAGUGGCAAUACUUGCAAGCAACUUUUGACUGUCAAUCUUACUGAGUCGGAAGCCCUAUCCAAUGUCAGCCAAUCCGUCAUAUUAAAACUAUUAGAUGGUGCAAUAUCCCUAGCUAGUCCCAUAGCGAAUUAUUGGACAAAUAUUCAAUCUGACUGGAACGUAACCUUCUUUUCUAAUGGUUCUUUGGUGGAAAGAUACAAUACUUCCUAUUCUAAUGGAAGCGUGCUUGCGAUAGAUAGUUUUGCCAUGGUAGCCUAGUUUUAUAUAUUGAAUUCUGUUUGUUGAAAUAUAAACAUUUUUGUUUGCUC